UUUUUUAAUCUUUAUAAAUAAAACGAUUAGUAGAAAUUUGUCUGUGAUAUAAAUUAAAUAGUAAAUAAUAAUAUUUUAUAAAAAAAGUAAAUAAUAAUAAAUACUAAUCUUUAGAACCGGUCUUCCCCUGUGUUCUGAUCUCCCAUGCAAAUUCGCAUCAAAGAGCGGUGGAAUCACAUGAAUUCCCUUCGCAAAUCCUUCAUUUUAAUACUUCUACAAUUAGUUCAGACAUCCAUUUGCUGUUAUGAUCUGAACAUUGUUCAGAAAUUUAAACAAAAAUGGAGUGGACGGCGGUGCAACAUCUUGAUCUACGGCAUGUAGGUCGAGGUUUUCAUAGACCAUUGCAGCCUCAUGCUGCUGCAUUUCAUCCAACACAAGCCCUUAUUGUCGUCGCUAUCGGUACCUACAUAAAUGAAUUUGAUGCAUUAACAGGAAGCAGACUCUCUACAAUUGACAUUGGAGCACCUGUUGUGCGAAUGUCUUAUAGCCCUACUAGUGGCCAUGCAGUGAUUGCUAUCUUAGAGGAUUGUACAAUUCGUUCUUGUGAUUUUGAUAAUGAGCAAACUUGUGUAUUGCAUUCACCUGAAAAGAGAAUGGAACGUAUUUCUGUUAAUACAGAAGUCAAUUUCGCUUUGACUCCUCUCCAGCCUAUUGUUUUCUUUGGUUUCCAUCGAAAGAUGAGUGUAACUGUUGUUGGAACUGUUGAAGGGGGAAGGGCAGCAACAAAAAUAAAGACAGACUUGAAGAAACCUAUAGUAAAGCUUGCUUGCCAUCCACGCCUCCCUAUCCUGUAUGUGGCUUAUGCAGAUGGUUUGAUUCGUGCUUACAACAUUCAUACGUAUGCUGUUGCAUAUACACUACAAGUUGAUAAUACAAUUAAGCUUAUUGGUGCUAGUGCAUUUGCUUUUCAUCCUACAUUAGAGUGGAUUUUCAUUGGUGAUAGACGCGGUACACUUUUGGCAUGGGACGUCUCAACUGAUAGACCUAGUUUGAUUGGGAUCACACUAGUGGGUUCUCAACCAAUCACAUCAAUUGCUUGGCUCCCAACUUUGCGAUUACUUGUCACAGUUUCUAAGGAUGGAACUCUACAAGUGUGGAAAACUCGCGCGUUUCUUAAUCCUAAUAGACCUCCAAUGCAGGCAAAUUUUUUUGAGUCUGCUGGUUGGGUGAACGAUAUCCAUGAAGAGAAAAAGGGUGUAGUGUUAUUUUACAUUGAUUUGAAAGCUGGAAGGGCAUAA